GCCUUCUGGAAAUUUCUUGGGCUGCUACUCCAUGCAGGGGGUUGGGGGAGAGAAAAGUCGGAACGAAACCACUACCUCAGUCCUAGAAAACCUUGCCAGUUUGCAGCUGCCAUACAACCCAUAAUCCCAGGGUUGGUUUUCCUUCAGCACUUUGGUUGGCAGAGAGGCUUUAGGGCCCUGUCCAUGCUGUUGGGGGGCAGGAUGGCUAUGAAUACCAGGCCCUAGGAAUCACCAGUGAGGAUGGAGCAGGAUUGUGAGGGAUCGUGAAUGAAAGAGUACUAUUGUACUCAGGUCCUGCAUGUGGACACAUCCAGUUGGCCACUGUGACAGCAGGAUGCUGGGCUAAAAGGGCCUUUGGCCUGAUCCCAGAGUGUGUCUUUCACCCCACGCCGGGUGAAAGAUUCCUGCAUUGCAGGGGGUUGGACUAGAUGAGCCUCGUGGUCCCUCCCAACACUACAAGUCUGCUCUGGGCAGCAGGGCGAGGUGCACAGGCUACUCUAGGCACCUCGGCAGAGGAGUGCGAGGGUCGGGGGAGGGGGCACCGAUACAGCUCCUUGCCAGGGGAGCCUAGGUACACCUCUGGUGGCAACAGCUAGGAGUUAAGAGGCCCAUGACAAGUCAUUGUAAUAUGACAUCUGUGGAAAGGAAGGACUAAAGCAGAGAAGAGGAGUAGAUGAUGCAAGGAGGGGAAUAAGAGUUUGGAAGGAAUAUGAGAACCGCUAGGCUAAAGCAUGGGCCGGAUUGGGUUGAACACUAGGCCAAGAGAAAAACAGAGGUGUAUUACCGUAUUUUUUGCACCAUAACACUCACUUUUUUCCUCCUAGAAAGUAAGGGGAAAUGUCUGUGCGUGUUAUGGAGCAAAUGCCUGCGGGUGGCGGGGGGGGGAUCUCCUGCAGUCGUGAGCAGAGGAUCCAUGGUUCCCCUUCCUUCCCUCCUCCAUGGUUACAAAGCAUGGAUCCACAUGGAUCCUCAGGAUUUUUGCAUUGGGCUACUCCAAACUCACUGUCAGAUCACAUGUCUGUGGCCACAGCAUGAACCACAAAAAUCAUAUAUCCACUAUUUUGUUUAGAAUAUUUUUUUUCUUGUUUUCCUCCUCUAAAAACUAUGUGCGUGUUAUGGUCUGGUGCGUGUUAUAGAGCGAAAAAUACGGUAAUCUUGCAGCGCUUUGGGAUUGUUAGAUAGGACUGCCAUAUGGCGGAAUUUUCCAAGGCAUUAACUGGGAUUUCAAAGGCAGAAUUGAUGUACAGGAUCAAUCGAAAAAUCGCGUUUUUGUAAAAAAAGUAUGCUCAACAACUUUGGGGUGUCCUGGUUUUUACUUUUUGAAAUAUGGCAACCCUGCUUUAGAGCAAAGGAACUGGGAAUUAAAAGCUAUUUCUGACCAGAACUCUUAAGUUCUCUAGGAUGUAGCUGAGAGCUGGGGUGGCUGUCUGCUCUGACGAUAGGCAGUGUUGCAGGUUACUUGAGUCUCAUCUUCCCCCCUCUCAGAAAUGCAGACCUUUUCAGCUGCUGCACCAUCAGUAGAAGAGAUCAACCAACUGAAGAAAAAACAGGGUGACUAUCUCACAGCCCCAUUUGACCCACGCUUUCCAAACACCAACCAGACCAAGAACUGCUACCAGAACUACCUGGGUGGGUAAAAGAGAGGGAUAUGGCUGCAUUGGGCAAAAUUUUUCAUGCAUGGUACUUUUGAGAUAUUCGGGAGGGGCAGGCUGAUAAGAUAUGUUUUAUUUGUCAGAGGCUUUUCAUCGUAUAUAUGCUUAGAUGCCCUUCCUAACCCCUACAGCAUGGGUAGGCAACCUAAGGCCCAGGGGCCAGAUCUGGCCCAAUCGCCUUCUCAAUCCCGGACAGUCCGGGAAUCAGUGUGUUUUUACAUGAGUAGAAUGUGCUCUUUUAUUUAAAAUGCAUCUCGGGGUUAUUUGUGGGGCCUGCCUGGUGUUUUUACAUGAGUAGAAUGUGUGCUUUUAUUUAAAAUGCAUCUCUGGGUUAUUUGUGGGGCAUAGAAAUUCGUUCACCCCCCCCAAUAUAGUCCGAUUCCCCGCCCCCAAGGUCUGAGGGACAGUGGACCGGCCCCUUGCGGAAAAGGUUUGCUGACCCCUGCUCUACAGCUUUAUAUAUUGUUGUUAUUAUUCAUAUAGUAUAGCUUUAGUAGUGUGGUGUACUAUACACAGAAGUAAUAAAGACUCAUUGCUAAGAAAGUUUUGACUCUGUUGCUCAGAUAACAAGGCAGCUGGGGGAAAUGCCUGUGAAAAUGGCAAACAAAGAAACUGUCUUGGGUAUCAGGAGGAUCCCUUUUUUUCAACCAAAUGCUGCUUUAAAUGACAUUCUGAUACAUAAACCAAAAAGUCAAAAUUCUCCCCAUCUGGAAGUAACACUCUGUCUUUUAAAUGAAACUCUAUAUUCCACUUUAGCUCACCAGCACCUCCUGGAGAGUUUGGGAUUUCACCCUAGUGAAAGGAUGGGUGGGUCUGCCAGUAAGCAAAAGCCCCCUCCACUAGAUCUUUCACACUCCCAUUGAGCUCAAUAGGGCUUACUUUUUCUGACUAGACAUGCAUAGGGUUGUACUGUUAAUGUCCCUGGAGCCAAAGCCAAGAGGAGCCAUGUGCUCUUCUGCUUCAGUGUGUCCUGUUGGUAGGUUCAGACUGAGAUAUCUUAGUGGCUAGAGGAACUUUUUAUCAUUACAGAGAGGGUGACUCCUGCUUGCUGGUACAAAGCUACAGAUGAUAUGGAAGUUAAGCAGACAUUAAAUGUCCACCAGUGCAGAAACAGAAGUGGUGACACUUUAGAAGUUGACAUGUUGCUUCUUUUUCCUUUCUUGCAGAUUAUUACCGCUGUGUGAAGACCGUAAAAGCCAACGGCAAGGACAUCAAGGUGUGUGAAUGGUACCACAGGGUCUACAAAUCCUUGUGUCCAGUUUCCUGGGUAAGUAAAAAAGAAUCAAGUCAGUUGCACUCUUUCUUUUCAACAAUGUCAAUGAAGUUGUAACCAACAUGGAGUUGAAACAACAGAUAUGGUUUCAUUUUGUUUUUGCUUAAAAAUGCUCUUUAAUGUUUUGGGAAUGAAAUGGGGCUUAUUUUGUACCUUGAACCAAAUUUCAGCCUUGGGGAGGGGGAUGACAACUUGCCUGAUUAAAAAUUCCACCCCUUUAAAAAGGGGCAGCUUGAUGCAAACGUAGCAAAUGAUAAUUUUUUUGCCAAAACUCAAGUCAUGGCCUGCAUUUUGGGCAAUUUUUAGUAUCUUUAUGCAAAAUCCUUUAUCACAGAGGAUCCUUGGAGCAAAAUCAGAUACAUAGCAAGAUAUACUGGCUGAACAGCAGAAAUAUAUGUAUGUACACUAUAUUUAAAGUCACUUCAGACUGCUAGUCUGCAUUAAAAAACAACAACUUCCAGUAAGAAGAAAAAUAAGACAGCAGAUAGCUGAUCUGGUAGCUUUUUAUAUGCCUUGAAUGUUUUAUUUUCUUUUCUUAUGAGGAAUGGUAUCCCACACCUAGUGUCUGAAGUGUUGUUGUUCUGCCUCAGGAUCAUUCUGCUAUCUUAGUCUGCUGCAUAGACCAGGCCCAAGAUUCCAGGCCACUAGGCUCUUCAGGACUAGCAAAACCAGAAUUUUGAAAAAUACAGUAUCAAGUGCAGAAUAAGCUAUACAAAACAUUUUCUAAAUUUGCAUAAUUUAUACGGGUCACAAAAUCCAGUUUUCUCAGCAUAGAAUUUGGAUUGCUUAGCCACAGAUGGGGAACCUGUGGCUCUCCAGCUUUUGCUGGACCACAACUCCUGCUAGCUCCAACAUGGUCAAUGGUCGGGAUGGUAUAAUGGGAGUUGUCACCCUAACAACACCUGGAGUUUCCCAUCCCUGGCCUAAUCAGAUUAUUCUAGAAUUAAAACUUUAAAAAUACAGCAAAGUAUACAGGCUCUUGAUCACAAUAUUUCUCCCUCAGGUGGGAGAUUUUGGAAUACUGUUUGAGAACUGAAAAUUGUGAAUUACGUAGAUGAUAAUGUUAAUUAUAUUAUCCAUUACUGUGGGAAGAUAUAACUUGAUUUAUUUUGCCCUAAGUACCACAAUGUCGGGGGCUGUUGACUAAGCUUCCGCAACCUCCUUUCUAUUUCCCUCCCUUCAGAUACAACGCUGGGAUGGUGAGCGUGCACAGGGAACCUUUGCUGGUAGGAUAUAAACUUCAACCUCCCCUUGCCUUAUGGACCCACAGCAGAUGUUCUUCCAGACCAUCUGAAAUAACUUGGUCAAGCUGUUAGUUACCUCAGCAGAUGUGACACUGAGUUAAGGUUAUUUUGGUAGGUUUAAAGAAGGGGAAAACAACAUAAAAUGUUCAUUCAAAACAAGCUGAGGGAAUAAUCAUUCUCAAUAAAUUUGUUCCUAUAAAUGACA